AAAAUAUAUCCCAAACAUGAAAAGAGAUGAUAUCGACUCAGCCAGGAGACAUCUAGCUGGGAAAUGGCGAUAUCGCUAAAAUUACUUCCUUCAUCACCACCCGCUCCUUCUCUCCCACCUUACACCAAACCCCACCACCAUAUUUUCCGACUAAACCACCGGUGUUUCACCAGUAUAUCCUACGCAACCUUCAAGAGCAACAGCUCUCUGCCGGAGACGGUUUGCCCUGUCCCGCCGGAGCAGCAGCCAGUUAACGAAUUCAAGGCCUUGUCGGAAUCAUUCCCCUUCUCUUGGGCCUCCGGCAACCUGACCGACUACAGCUCGCGGUUGUUCGUCACCGGAGCUUCGUUUGCGCUCUUAGUGGGCCUGCCCGUUCUGUGGUUCGGGUCGGUUGGACCCGAGUCGGACCCCUUGAAGCCGCUGUUGGGUGCUGCUUCUAGCGGGCUUAUCUUGGUCACUCUCGCUGUUGUGAGGAUGUAUCUGGGAUGGGCCUAUAUUGGCAACCGCUUGCUCAGUGCCACGGUUGAAUAUGAAGAGACUGGGUGGUAUGAUGGACAGGUUUGGGUGAAGACUCCUGAAAUGUUAGCACGCGACCGGCUCUUGGGUUCAUUUUCUGUCAAGCCAGUCCUCGUUAGAUUAAAGAACACCUUUGUGGUUCUUGCAACUUCUUUAGUUCUAUGUGCUGGCCUUCUUAUAUAUGGUGAGAGCACCCAAAGGGUCAUCCCUUCAUCGGCUGCUCAAGAAGUUGGUGAUAGAUCUUUUCUUCCCCGUGUUUACAGUGAUGAGUCUGCAAAGUUCUUUGAGCCAGACAUAUUUCAUAGUGAACCUGACCUUAAUUAGUUCAUAGCAGCCUAGCAGGAUCACCCCCACUUGUUAAAUAGUUGUUUGUAAAUGGCAGUACUCAUGUUUCAAUCUCUUUUGUAUUGAGAUUCAACCUAUUUUUUAUCCACUCUUUACUGAAGAAAAGUGAUGAAACCUGUGGACCUACUAUAGAAUCAAAUGAGAUGUAAUUUUAUCAUCCAUGGUAUAGGGAACUUAUGCCUUGGAUCCAUACUCCUUAUUCUUGUUUGAGGUGUGAACUUUUUAAUUUUUUUAAUUGUAAUUAUUUUUGGCUCAAAUGGACAUUGCAGUACAAAUGGUGGCUCAAAUGGACAUUACAUUACAUUACAGUUCAAUGUCCUAUACAUUUGUUCCAUUGCAACUUUAUGCUUUUCAUCAUGCUAUCAUUCCAUAU